AUGAGUGCUCAUCCAAUCACUGUUAUUGCUUGUGAUAUUGGUGGUGUGAUAAAAGAUCAACGCAAUGAUGAACCAAUUGAAAAUGCUGUAAAAUCUGUGAUUAAAUUAUCAGAAAAUACAUCGAAUAUGGUUAUAUUCAUCUCUAAAUGCAAAGAUAGUUAUAAACGACAAUCGAAUAUAUGGUUAGAGAAAUACAACUUAUCUCAUAUCCGAGCAUAUUACUGUUUAGAAUAUGAAGAAAAAGUCAAGAUCGCUAAUGAUAACAAUGUUAAUGUCAUGAUUGAUGAUAGAAUGCAAGUAUUACGUGCUUUUCCAUCUUCUAUUAUCAAGAUAUGGCUUUGUUCGGAUCCCAAAAAAAUUGAAGGAGCUCGAAAAUUUCAACCUGAUUUUAUUAAUUCCGUCAGAAUAGCUCAAAGUUGGGAAGAAAUACUUGAACUGAUUGAAGAGAUACAAACAUAA